AUGAGCCUAGUAGAAGCAAACCCCAACAAUGUCGCCCAGACGACCGUACAGCACCCCGCCGUCGUCGCUCACACCAGCGCCGGCAGCACAAGCGGCGAUGCGACACCUCGCGCUUCAAGCCACAAUGAGCCUGAAGCGGAUAGUUCGAAGAAGGACGUGAAGAACAAGGUGCGCGGCUUGUUCGGAUUCGGCAAGAAAAAGGAGGAGUCAAACGUCUCCAAUAAGUCUUCAUCGUCGGCCAAACCCGCAUCGACCGUCACCAGCAACCCUUCCUUGACACGGGACACCUCUAGAGCAUCAGCUCGGUCAGCGACGUCGCCGUACGUGCAUCCUUCGUCGCCAAGUCGCGGAAUGUCUACAUCCCCGCGAGUUCCAUCCCCCGCGGGCUCCCAGAUCUUUGAGCGAGACGUCGACAACAUGUCGAUCAAGCCUCAAUCGCCCGCCAUCCCAUCACACAUUCAGACCGAGAACCACAUCCCUCCUGUCUUGGAUGCAUCAUCCGAAGCUAUCACGGAUGAUCACCUUGAUCCGGACAGCGUCGAAAUCAUCACCCACUCUCAGCAUCAGCCAGCGGCAGCAGCUGUCACAGGCGCCAAUGGAAACGGAACACCCCACCCUCCCGACUCCAUGGCCGCUUCCUGGACCGAUGAGCUCCGUGCUUUUGCGGAUCGCGACGACGCCUCCAACUUCAAUUCACUCGACAACGCCGACGUUCGUAGAUUGAGCUUCAUUUCUUUCGCCGACGUCGUGCAGGCUGAGCAGAGUGGCCACGGCGGCGCUGCAGGCUCGCGCGACUCCAUUCACGUCGCUGGGCUGAGAUCCCUCUCGUCCGUUAAUGCCCGCUCGCCCUCGCCCAUCCGAUCGCCCGUCUCUUCUCAGGGACCGGGUACCUCGCCGCCAACGAGCAAUCCCGCCUCCAUAAAGGGACUGGAAAUGUCCCCCGGGCGGAAAUCUCUUGGCAGCCCCAUUUCAUCCCAUCACAACCUCAACAUGAGCGGCGAGCUCAACAUUGAGACGAUGUCACAAGCGCUCAGGCGCACGGGAAGCACGGAUCUCAGCGGGGUCCGCAGCCUGCCCACAAGCCCGAUUGAGGGGCCAUCACGUUGA